GAGAGAGAGAGAGAGAGUCGGCCUCGCGAAAGUGAGGAGGCGGUUCCGCUGCCGCUGGCGACUCGUAGCGGAGGCGGUCUUAGCAGCAUGGUACUGCGCCCGCCGGACAGAGGCGGAGUGGGCGACGUCGUGAAGCCCGCGGAGGUCCACGCCGCGAAUGACCGCCGUGACUCGCCGCGGGACCUCCGCGGCCGGGAUUCGCCGCGCAACCUACGCCGCCUAGACUCUCCGCUUGAUCCACGCCCCCGCGACUCGCCGCAGGACCUUCGCCGCCGGGACUCGCCGCGCAACCUACGCCGCCUAGACUCUCCGCUUGAUCCACGCCCCCGCGACUCGCCGCAGGACCUUCGCCGCCGGGACUCGCCGCGUAACCUACGCCGCCUAGACUCUCCGCUUGAUCCACGCCCCCGCGACUCGCCGCAGGACCUUCGCCGCCGGGACUCGCCGCGCAACCUGUGCUUCCCAGACUCGCCGCCGCCUUUCCACCGCCGCCGCUCUUUGGCAGAUUUUCGCCGCCGCGGCAGUCCUGCCGGUUUUCACCCCCGUUACCAACGAUUCGGUUCAGGAUAUGCUAUGCAUGCAGGUUCCAUUUCACCUUCACGCUGGCAAAGGCUGGAUGAUGGUCAUUAUGACCCGGAGUUUGAUGGUCCGCUAGGACCACGUUUUGGCCAUGGACUUCAAGGUGAAAGGUUUCGAGAUGCUUCACCACCUUAUGGACCUGGAAGGGGUGGCAGGCCAUUUGGGAGACACUAUAAUGCAUCUGGACAAGGUUUCCCACCCUUUGAGGGAGAAUAUGUUCAUAGAAAUGAUCUGAAUUUUUCUCCUAGAGAAGGUGACUGGAUCUGCCAGAACCCCUCUUGUGGAAAUCUGAAUUUUGCACGGCCAACUUAUUGUAACAACUGCAACAAGUACCGCUAUGAACCUCAACUCCAUGGUCAUGGUCGCAGUCCUCGGAGAGGCUACUUUAACUCUCCUUCCCCUUGUGAAUCUCCUCCAAGGAUCUUUGGUCCACCUAUGGAUCGUGGCCUGCGGAGAGACUUGGGAAGACAUAGAUCACCACCUCAUGGUUGGGGUAUGGAUGGGCCCAGAGAUUCUGGUUUUGGCUCACCACCCGCAGGGCGUGUGGGAAGGUUUGCGGAUCACAUGCACAGGGAGAGAUUCGACUACCACUAUGAACUUGAUUAUAGGGGGAGAGGGAAAUUUGACUGGCCAGUGCUUGAUGAGCAGGAUCGUAGAGAUCGUGGGAGGGAUGGAUUUGUUCCUAAUAGAAGAGGAUAUGAUCGAUGCCCUCCAUUACCCCGUGGUUGGUGGUGGUAUGAUUCAAUGGAGAGAAGCCGCUCGCCGAUUGGAAACAGGCCACUGAAGAAAUCUUACAUGGCCCUAGAUUGCGAUGAUCGGCACUUUGAUGACUCAUAUAUGGGUCAAGGGCAGACUGAUGAUUUGGAUCUGCAUCGUGGACGUGGUUAUCGGCGGGGCGGCAAUUCUUUUGCAGGUCCAGGCCAAGGUGAUAGAUGGGGCAUAGCCCGUGGUAGGAAUGAUGAUGUGUACUAAAUAUGCUGGAUAAACAAAUGAAAUGCCUUCAGGUGGGAAAUUUUUGUGGGACCUGCUUUAGCUAAGAGAACUCUCUUAUAUAGACUGAGACUCAGAAAUUUGUUCAGAUUAGUUUUUCAGGCUCCUUGUAUGCCUUUUUUUGGUGGUUGUAGUUUCUCCAUUAUAUAAUAGAGUUUUUGACGGACUCAGGUUUAAUGAAAGAGAAUCUUCAUGGUCAUGUUGAAAUGGCGA